UCAUUAGAAAAUGUGUUUCUAUUUGAAUUUGAAAACUUUUGCUCUUCUAUAUAUGCAUCUACUAAUAAUUUAACCUAGAAAAAGUCUGUCUCCCAAAUUCAUACAUUUAAAAAAUUUACUUUUAUGUUGAACAGUUCUUAUAUCUAACUUAAACCUACAAUUCAAUCAUAGUUAAUCGGCAAACCUUUGCUCCCAAGACUCUUGUUAAACCAGAAGUAAAGAUGAAUGAGGAUCAUCUUUUCUCAAGACAUGACUCGAGCUCCAGCGCUGCCUCAAGCUGUGCAACCACUGACCCAAGGGAGUGUGCCAUCAAUGUUAGCCCACAGGACUUCAAGUUUUUUUGCUCUUUUGAACAUGAGAAAGAUGUAACCCAAGAUGUUCUUCUUGUUAUGAAUAUGUCAUCAAUCCCAGUUUCAUUCACUGUGUCCUGCAGUCACCCUGCCCUGGUGAAUGUCGAGGCCCUGGACGAGGUGGUUGUGGAGGCUCAGUGUAAGGUCAAGUGUCGGGUCUACCAGCAUCCUGUCACAAAGCAGUCAAACCUGGCUGUUCUCCAGCUGGUAGCUUUCAGUAAAAAAGAAAAAUGUAUCAUCAGGGAGCAUUUUAUUCCAGUCUACAUCAACUGUCGACCAUCUCAGAAGACUCGAGCUAGAUUUCUGGGACUCAAAAAGAAACUGCAACACUACCUUAAAAACUCGGCCUUCAUUAGUGCUGAUGGUAAACUGGAAAGCCUUGGACGUCGGUACAAGAAAGAUCUCAGUUCCAUGUUGGCAACAAGCUCUGACCAGGAUCUUUUUACCCCACUAGUGCCCCGUCAUAGAUUAGCAGUGUCUGAAUCUAGCAACUUAUCUCUGGACCGCCGGUUACGAUGUCCUGAAGCUGGAAGAGACUCACAACUGCUCGAGAACGUCUCGCGUUCCAUACCAACGAGCCUACACGAAGACGCUGCUGAUUCUCUCAUCAGACAUCGUGAAUUUCUUAGCUCCAAAAGAACCAAGAGCAGCAGCCUGUUGGGUUAUGCCACCACCAGCACUGAGAGCUCCAGUACCCCUUCAUCUUCGAAUGUAACGUCCAAAAAACCCACUGCACCGCGUAAGAUAUCUCCGCCUCUUCAUGUUACUCACUCAGUGUCCCUGUCUCAGCAAGCGCCGCCCAGUCCUCCUGAAAUUCCUGACAGGACUGUAGCUCGACGACCGUCUGAUGUCAUGAGACCUGUUAUAACAAGUGAUCACAGAAUUGAACAUCCUGCUGCUCAAGAGACUGUGAUUUCUAGAAAAACGUCAACAGUUCGUCGCACAACUGCUCAUCAUCCUGACUCGUACGACAACGACGUUCUGCUGUGCUACUGCGUGGUGCUGUUCUCUGCAGUGCACGCGCUCUACUCCUGGUGGUGCGGGGAGCUGCAAGUUCUCUAUGUUUUUUCUCUGUCUGACUCUGAACUGAAGCACCUCUUAGUGUUCAUUUUAUCUUUGCUGAGCACAGGUUAUUUGAUAGGCGCGCACUUCAGAAGCUGAUGGCAGUUUCAGAAGCUGAUGGCAGUUUCAGAAGCUGAUGGCAGUUUCAGAAGCUGAUGGCAGUUUCAGAAGCUGAUGGCAGUUUCUCGCUGCUACGUCUCUGAUUAGAUUAUUCUGCUCUCGAGCCACCAUCGAAGUCUAAUAUAUUAAUCUUACUGUAAUAGAGACAUAAUGAUACAUCUGAGACUGUGCAGAAACUUCGGGCAUUUUAGUGGGCACUCAAGAUUUUGUACGAGAUACUUGAGUAAGUCUAAAUUAAUUUUUUCUCAUCAAAGAAAUUGAAUAUCUUUCAGUUGUCAAACUAUAAUUUUUUGUAAUUUUUUUCUUGAGUUUUGUGUGUGAGGGUUGUUUUCAUGUUAUAAUUAAGUUCAAACUUUGAAUAAGUUUUCAGUAAAAAUUUCCGAACAAGUUUGGCUGCUAAUACUUUCUGUGUCAUUAGAGGUGAAUGAAAAAGAAUUCAAAAUAUUGAAUUUUAUUCCAGUUGCUCAAGCAUACCAGCUUGUUUUUUAAUACCGUGUGCAAAGAUGGUGCUUUAGCCGUGCAUUAUUCUUUAGGUUUUAUACAAGCACUUGACAUGUGAUAACUCCUUCAGUCAACGUAAGAUAUUCUCUUGAGAACCUCAUAGUCUAAUAUAUACUUUAGCACUCCUAGACCGAUAGUGCACCUACUUAUAAAUAGCACCGCUAAUUAGACGUAAUUUUUGUGAGCAUUGAUUAAUUUAACAUUGAGGGUUUUUUUUUUUUUUUGAUUGGUUAGACUCUCGAUUGAAGACUUUGAACGUUACUAUUUUAAUGUAGUAACGUUCUUUAAUUUAGGUAAGUGUUAUUUGAAGACUACUUCUAAUGUGGCGUCACGUGGUCAUUCACUACUUGAGGUAGCGUUUAUUCAUAUAUAAUUGUGACGUGAGUGAUGACAGUUUUUUGUUCAGUUUUUGGCAGUCGAUGAAGUCACGGCUAGAAGAGUUGUCUAAGUUUCUAGGAUGGAUUAAUUAAUAAUUCAGUUACCAUUGAAGGAUGGGGUAUAUUAUCGGUGCUUCGCUUAUGUGGCUUUGUUAUUUCCGCUAAUAAUCUAUAACCAUAAAAUAACUUUGAUCUAAUAUUGAAAUAAUCAGUACGUUCAAACUGCUUAAUAAUUUAAUAACAUAAUGCUAAUGAAUUAAAAAUCUUUAGUUAAAGAACUUUUUCUGGCCGCUUUAUAAUGUAUGCUGGCCAGUCACUCUUUAAGAUUUUGUUUGUAUUUAGGCCAAAUUUGGGAUUUGCUGUCAUUUGGUGGUUGACUUGCCAUUUGUCCGACCAUCUCAUGCUAUGGUGAAUAUAGCGUGUCUAUUUUUCUAAUAAAUUAAUAAUUUCAUGACAAUUUCUUUAAUUAAUUUUAAUAACUGAAUAUAACAAGACAGUGAGCUACGAGCUUCCCAUUUAUAUUGCAAUAUAUGUGUGUGUUUUUUUACUGUCUCGCCUUCAUUUGAAUGUCACAACUGCCAUAGUUUAUGCUUACAUUUAACAUUAAUAUUUAGUGGACAUGUGAUCUGCAAAAUGUGCAGCUGAUAUGCAGUGAAGUGCAGCUUUGUUCUUUGCACAAAAUACUCUGUUCCUUAAAGAAUUACUUUGUUCUUUACAGACUUAGUUUAUUAUAGACAUAAUUACAUUGUAAUAGGUGAAUUUAAAGCCUGUAGAAAGUACAAAAAAAUGUAAAAAGUGUCAGUGGAUUACUAGAUUUAAUGCUGAAUGGCGGUGUCUGGAGGCUCAGGUGAAUGAAGGAAGAAAUUUCGUCGUAUCUUGAGUGUAUUUUAACUUGAUUUUACUAACAUUUGACUGAAGGAUAUCUAAAGAGCAACAAAUAUUCAAAACUUGUGCAGAUAUUUUAUUUCGGUGUGGAAACAAAGAAGAAACGUGCAAGUUCUAUAAUACAGGAGAUCCGUUCUUGAAUGUUUAUCGCGCUCUCGUGAGUUCACUUCCCUGGAAUUAGAUCCUAUUAUUAUCUAAGGUGAAUGCAUGAAAUCUAAGAAGAUCUUGUGCGAAACGUAUAAUUUUCGGUACAAUGCUAAGGUUGUACGAAUUGUAUUAUCUCGAUUAUUGAAGCCUUGAUAAAUUGCUAUUUCUGUAAAUUUGUGCUCAUAAUUUGUAAUGUUCGUUUGGUCGUGUUUUCUCUUAAUAAGUUUUGUGUGGAUUUUUAUUCUCUCUCUGCAUCUCGUUUUCAAAAACAGUUAUGAAUUUAUAUCGUUCUUAAUCAUGCAUAUGCACGAAAAUAAUAAGCACAACUUCAUUAUGUAAUUUAUUUUAAAUCUCAACACGACACAGGUUUUCAAGCCAUCGAUUGCGAAUCUUGGCUUAGGUGGCUGCGCUCCAGCUCGCUGAAGUGACAAUGAUCAGUCUGAGCAGCUCUACGCUCUUAUCCUUAAUAUCGUCUUAGGCAACAAGUACCCAAGGUUUGCAUUGGGCUAGGCCUACGGUAAUGCAGAUGCAUCACUUUAUACGUCUGCUCUUGGGUGACGCAAAGAACUGUUCGCGAUUGUAUGGUUUGAAACCUGGGACUCUUUUGCAACACCGCCUGUACUCUGCACCUCAGUUCUCAGUAGACACCACCCAUAUUUGUGCGCCGUAUUGUCCGUGCGUACCGAUGCUUUGAAGGCUAUUUAUUUGCAUUAAAAAGCCUGGUAACUCAAGUUACUUUUGGUAGACGAGCAUCAACAACGAAGAAAGCCAAUUCUUAGAUAAAUCCACUUACUUUUUCCUUAAUUAUAGCUUCUCUCUGGCCAAGUAUUGUCGGAUGCUGGAUGAUUUUUAGUUUAUUUUAUAAGAAAUUAGAAUAUUCAAGGUAAAAUGCAGGUCAAGCUGUUGUACAUUGGGAGAAAACUUCGUACGCUGCAAAGAAGUUGAACAUGAAGAAUUUGUGAUUCAUAUUCACAGUUUUGUAUUGAUGGUUUCAGUAUUUAGGCAACCGUGGCUGUGCGUGAUAUCAAUGUCAGCGGACGCCAAUUGGCCAGUGUAAUGAGGGAGUGAUUGUCUUCCAUUGGCCUAAAAUGUUCAGUUCCUGAACGAAUUUUAUAUUAAGUGAGGUAAUUUGAAUUGCAGUUGACGUGGAGGUGGCAGUAUUAGGUUAUCGUUUUUUUUCAAAUGUGUGUCUCUGUAUGCUUCAUUUUCUCCGGUAUUGUAUGGAACUUUGUAUUGCACUAGUAACGGGGAGUCUAGAAGCAUACCUGAUUCAAUAAACAAUGGAACACAUGUAUUGUAAUUCAUAAUUGAAGUCGAUACUUUU